CUCAGUCGAGCAGGACUGUGUGAUGAUCUGCUUCAACAUGAGGACCCUUCCAGUCAGCUUUCUCCUGCUACUGUCUGUCUGGAGUGUGUGUGUAUGGGCUGACAGCAGGAAGAUUCGACAGAAGCGUGCAUGGAUCAUUGAUUCAUUUAGUAUUGAGGAAGAACACCCUGGUCCAUUUCCAUACAUACUAGGCAAGAUUACAAUUGAUACGUUUUAUUUACUAAAUUUCAAGCUACAAGGUCAAGGUGUGGAUGAAAAGCCAAAGAAUAUUCUCAGCAUUAAAGACACAGGUGAAAUUAUAGUACAUGGAAAGGUGGACUAUGAAAAGGACCCUAAAGUUCUCUUUUUGAAAUUUGAAGCAAAAAAUAAAUCAACUAAUAUAGUGAAUACAAGGCUUGGGCUUGAUAUCAAAAUAUUGGACAUAAAUGACCAUGCACCAAAAUUUAAUAAGGAAAUCUAUGAAGAGACUGUGGACGAGUCACAUGCUCAAGGCAAAGACGUACUGACUGUACAGGCAACUGAUGCUGAUGAUUCAGAAACAAACAAUGGAACAUUCAGUUUCACAAUAAAGUCUGUUAUACCAAAAACAGAUAAUGUUGAAUUUUAUAUACAGCAGCAAAACCAAACUGGGACUAUUUAUUUUAAGGGGUGUUUGGACUAUGAGAAAGCUCAGAAAUAUACAGUCCUUGUUGAAGCAAAGGACAAAGGCGAAAAGAUACAGCUUUCAAGUACAAGUACAGUGAUAAUCAAUAUUUCGGAUAAUAACAACAAUCUGCCAGAGUUCUCUGGCAAAACAGGACCAGGGAGGGUCAAGGAGAGAGAAGCUGGGGUUGAAGUUCUGCGACUGCAAGUAACAGACAGAGAUGUCCGUGGCUCAAAAGCUUGGAAAGCCAAAUACAUAAUUUACGGAGAUAAAAAAGAGAUAUUCAAAAUAGAAACAGACCCUGUUACGAAUGAAGGGAUUUUAACAGUUGUUAAGCCAAUGGACUACGAGGAGCAAACAUAUCAAAAUCUGUCCAUCAGUGUGCAGAACGAAAUUCCUUACUAUUCCUGUAAGAUUCAAAGGAAAGUACCGAAUGCAGCAUGGGAGCUUGACCAAAUAGCCCCAAACUCUGACAAGAGUGUUACACACCUCUAUAAUAGCAUUCCAGUGACUAUUUAUGUUGAAGAUGUCAACGAUCCACCGGUGUUUAUACCUCCUGUUAAACAUAUUGCAGUAACAGAGAACAUCGAUGUAGGAACAAGUCUUACAACCUUCACUGCUAAAGACAUGGAUGGAAGCUAUGCAAACACAUUUACAUUUAUUAAAGGUGAAGAUAUUGAUGGAUGGAUAACUGUUGAUGCAAAGACUGGACAUGUAUCCACGGCUAAAAUUCUGGAUAGAGAGUCGCCAUUUGUAUUAGACGACACCUAUACAGUAAAACUGUAUGCUGUGGAUGAAGGUGUUCCUCCGAUGACAGGCACUGGAACUCUAGUGAUUCACCUGAUUGAUCAAAAUGAUAACGUACCAAUACUGGAGGUGAACACAGUCAGCAUUUGCCAAGAUAAAGAGCCCACAAUGGUCAACAUCACAGCCGUAGACCUAGACUUUCCUCCAUACGGAUCACCUUUCUACUAUGAGCUUUUAGGAGAUGUAAAGGACAAAUGGAGGCUUGAACCAGAUCAUGGCACAACGGUGGGUCUUGUAAAAGAAGACAAAGUGUCUUCAGGUCAUCACGUGCUCCAGAUCAAAAUAUCAGACCAGCAGGGAUUAUACUCCAUCCAGAACCUGACGGUCAAGGUGUGUGAUUGCUCUUUAACUCCCAAGUGCCAUGGCAAGAUGGUCUCAAAUGCUCGGAUGGGGUCUGUUGCAAUCUGGCUGCUUGUUCUUUCAGUUCUCACAGCAAUGUGCUUCAUGAGUCUACUGAUCACCUGCAAGACAGGGAAAAAAAUGAGUCCAAUGUUUGAGGAGAGCUACAGUAAUCUCAUGAAAUCAAAUACAGAAAGUCCAGGGACUGACUGCUCGGUGACUUAUAAAGGACAGCAGGCAGUUUCACAGGAUCCACCGCCAGUCUACAGCGACCAGCAAUUCAGCGACCAGCAAUUCAGCCAAUCGAUAUAUAAGAUAUCGAGCAUCAGAAAAUCAAGUUUUAGAACCAUGCGUUCAUACAAAACCAAUGCAUCUUACUCGGGUAAAAACCUCGCCGUUCUCAUCAACCAGAAACUACUUGCUCUCCAAACCCGUGAUGAUCAACAUGUUAUUUACAAACCGCACUGUUACGCAGAUGAAGGACAACCUAUGGACAAUGGUGAACUGGAUGCAAUAUCCAUUCCAGAGGAUGACUUUCAACCAGAGAUGCUCAGAAAUCUGGACAGCAAGUUCAGUAAACUAGCAACCAUUUCCAGACCCGACCUGAUGAGGAGGUGAAAAUUAUCUCCGGACUUGUAGCCAGUGUAUACAUAAAUAUAUAGCACAAAAUGCAACUAAGGGUUUAAAAAGGUUUUACAGUUCUGUGAAUGUCAAUAAAUAUGCAUUUCCUUUUUCUGAAUGCAAAUAAACUAGUGUUUACAAAUCAACAAACGAAUAAUGUUAACAUUUUAGAUGAGCUCAGGUUUUUGGGCUUUUGUUGUAUGUAUUUUCAUUCUGUAUUUUUUGUUCUGUGUUCAUGUGGAAUCAUUAGAAGGUAUUUAAUGCAAAAGAAAUGUGGUGUAGUUAUUUGAUAAAACCUUCUUUAAGAGUAGUACUUGGGUGGAUGGUUUUAGGUUUUUGAGUUUUUAGGAACUGAUAGGCGUUUUUGUUUCGAUUGUUUCGCUGGGCGUGACAUUUCGUCACCUUGGAAUCACAAGGUUCUAUCUGACAUUUUUUCUAUCUGACAUUCACACAUUUUUAUUGUAUGACAACAUGCGUUUGUAAGAAACAAUCAAUCAGCAUCAGCUUUCUUUGUCAUUUCACUGGAAUGCUCCCUAACAGAAGGAAAUAUUAUAUGUGAAAUAUUUUAACUGUAAUAUAUUUGUAUUUAUAUAUAGUCAGUUAAAUAUUUGUCAGUGUUUAUAAUCCCUUAAACUCAUUCAUUGGGACUUGUGGCCCAGGACUAGUGGCCCAGGACGUCACUGACUACCUUUAUUGAAAUCUAACGCUAAUAUGAGCCAGAUGCUGAAUGGGCCGGGAUGACAGUGACUGUAAAAUCAUCUGCUCAAAUUGAACCCUUCCAAAAAAUGAGUGUAUGCUUUAUUUUAUUAUUUUGUAACUGUUAUUAAUAUAUCAGGAGAGUUUUACGCUACUGCAGUAGUAAGAGAUCCAUCUGUGUUAGACUGGUGAAACAUUCAUGCAUAUAGGCUAAAGGCUGAUUAAUACUUCUGCGUCAGUAAUAUGCCAUAUUUACGCUGUAGGCUAUGCGUCAGUUUUCAUUUAUACUUCUGCAUCAUUGUCCAUGUCGAAGUGCAGUACACACUCAAACUGCUAGUCUUCGGUGUCCACUGCAUAUAGCUGGUUUAACCCGCAGUACCACGACAAAAGCCGAAGAAGAAGCGGCUUGUCGGAGAAGCAAUGUAUUCUUUCAAUCAUUAUUCAAAACUACAAAGGGAGACAACAAUGAAGCAGGAGAAGAUGGCAUUCUUUCCAUCUCCGCAUGGACUUAUACCACUGUAGAUCAACAUUGUUUGUCACAGACAACUACUGAUGUAUAAUGCUAUGUAGUAUAAUAAAUGAUAAGAAACUUGUUCUUUGCUUUGUUUUACUAUUUAAGAAGGUUUAACAUUU